AACAGCAUUCUGAGGAUAAAUGUUUGAGAUGUAUUUUGAUGAUAAAAUGAUUUGGUGCUACAAGUAACAUGAGCAUUAAUCUUUAAACUCAGAUGUGAUGCUGUAAUCCAAGCUUUGCUGCCUUGAUGUUGUUCUAAUGUCAGUUGGGCAGACCAAAUCUUUUUAAGUUGUGGGAAGGAUUCCCUAUAACUUACACCAGAUUCCAGAUGGUUGGAAUAUGAGAAGCAGCAUGCAGUGCAUUAAAAGGUGACCUGAUUGUGGUGUUGUUAUUAAGCCAUUGCCCAGAAAGCAGGGCCCAGAAAGCAUACUGCCAGAUGCACACCCAAAGGUACUAGUGCUCCUUAGUAAUUUGUUUUUCGAAAAAAUCUGUGCUUCAACAUUUUAGUGUUGAUGCUUCAUAAAAAAAAAUUUAGAGAGAUUCAGGAAUUUCCAUGCUGUCAUCUGUAGUAUUCUGCUAGGGAUCAUUUCUAAAACACAAUUUAGUGUACAUAAAGUAGUCUUUUGGAAGACUAUUAGAUAUGCUUGAAUAGAGUCCACUAAGUAAGAGCACAGGGAAUAUUGGAUUUUUUACCACCCAGCUGCCUGCAGACCUGUGUGUUCACACUGUAUGUGCAAAAGGAACUGAGCAACCCUGGAUUGGGUCUCUUCAAGUCUAAAGGCCAUCCACAGGGUUCAAAAUGUGCAUCGGGAUUCCUGGAUAGUCCAGGUGUAAUCAUAGAGUGAGCGCAGAUGUAUUUUGGUGCUCUGGCCGCACUUUAGCACCAUGGCAACUGUUGGUUUAGUUAUUUAUCUCUGUGUUACUGUGGCAGCUCUUACCAAUGGCAAACUUUUGCAGCAGAGGAGAGACUUGGUGGUGGAUAUUGGUAGACAGGUGUAUCUGAAGCCAGGAGAUAUGGUGUUCAACAUUCCCCAAGAAAAAGACAUUUGCAAGGUGGAGGUGAUACCAGACCCUAUGACUCAGCGAGUUGGAGAUAUUGAGCCAAAGGUGUUUGACUGCCAUUUUGCCCUGAAUACAGUGCAGUACACACACAGUGGCAAUCCUCUGCUGGACAUGGACACUGUGAAAUUGCGAGCUCACUACUUCACAGCCAGUGACACUUUUACUGAGACUUUCCACUUGACAAUUCACAUCAGAAACACCUCAUACAAUAUCAUAACUGUGAACACUCCUCUACUGCCAGUGACAGUUCUAAACUUUUAUGAUCUUUCCAAUGCCAUAGAUCAUACAGUAAUUCGGUUCAGCUACAGCCAGGAUGUCAAUGUGACUUGCACAGUCAGCUUCACAAAGUAUCGCAGCUCAUGGCCCAUGUUAGGGCAGCUUGUGAUGGGGAUGGAGAAAAAGCCUGUGGAUGCUUUAAAACAGGACUGUUAUCAGUUUAUGAUGGUGCAGUUGCGGUAUGAGCACCUUAGUCCACCAACUCCUAAUAUGGACUACCUGCCACUGAAAGUAGAGUUGUAUGAUCCCAGUGUGAGCACUGAGCUUGUGGUGGAAAGAAUAUUUCUACCUGUCCAUAUCAAACCAGCCUUCCCUAACAUGCCACCCCAGGCUGCCUUCAUGAGUUCAUACUUAAUGGACGUGGAUCAGUUUGUCUUGGCUACUCUUGAACCAGCUAUGAUAUCUGCCAAAGAUGAAGAAACGAAGGACUCUUUACUAGUGUUUAAUAUCAGCCAACCUCUCACUGAGGAUCAGGGAUACUUUGUCCACUUGAGUGACCACACACAGCCCAUCAGUGCCUUCAAGCAGGGAGACCUAGAGAACUACAUGAUAGCCUACAGGCCGCCAGGGAAAGCAGCCUCGGAGAGGAGGUUAUUUGAUGUGGAGUUCACAGUGUUUGAUACUUUAUUUUCAGGGAGUCAGCCUUUUAUGCUAACAAUAGCAGUGAAACCCACACAAACCAAUGCACCAAGGGUGGCUAUUAACAAAGGGUUGACUGUGCUAGAGGGUCAGUCUCAGCCCAUAAGGACUUCAAAUUUGUACAUCGUGGACAGUGACAACAUAGACCAAGUUCAGUUGAUCAUUCGAGGAGGUUUGAGACAUGGAAGGUUAUUGGCCCAUGGUCGUUCAAUUGUGGCAAUUACACAGUCUGAUAUUGAAGAGGGAAGAGUGUCUUAUCAACAUGAUGAUAGUGACACACUGGACGACUUUAUAGAAUUUAGAAUCUCUGACAGAAGCAGUGUCAUUUAUACAAAAUUCCCAAUUCGUAUUUUGCCCAAAGAUGACAGCCCUCCUUCUCUGAUCAACAACAUUGAGUUGCGUCUUAGGGAAGGUGACACUGUUCCAAUUACAGACAGCAUUCUGAGUGCACAUGAUACAGAUUCUAAUGACAACCACAUUAUAUAUUCUCUGGUAUCCAAACCUAUAGCUGGAGAAAUACUGAAGAAAUAUAGAUCUACAAUGUAUGGGGAACCAGUUACCAAAUUUACACAGCAAGAACUUGCUCAAGGUUUUAUCUACUAUCACCACUUUGGUGGAGAAAUAUUUGAAGAUUUCAUUGAGUUUACCUUACAUGAUAGCAAUGAUCCCCCAAAUGAAUCUAGUCAACAGAUAAUGAUGAUAACCAUUGAACCAAUCAAUGAUAUUUCCCCAGAACCUGUAAGUGGCAAAGAACGAUAUUUAGAAGUGAAAGAAAGUGACUUGGUAUUAAUAACAAAUUCUCAGCUACAGUACACAGAUUCUGAAUCAGAGGAUGACCAACUUGUGUACUCAGUCACCAGUGGGCCUUAUUUCGUAGGAUCCUCAUCGACUGAGGAUGCAGGCAGACUGGUAUCAGUAGACCAGCAGCCAAUGUUGAUGAAGGACCCCUCCCUCCCCACUAUCACGACAUUCAAGCAAUAUGAGGUGAACCAUGCCAAAAUUGCAUAUAUGCCACCCUCUAAUGAUAUAGGCUCUACAUCAAAGCAAGUCCAGUUCUUGUUUUCUGUCUCAGACUCUGCAGGAAAUGAAUUGACUGGGCAGUCAUUUGACAUCACAGUGUUACCAGUUGAUAAUCAACCACCGCAUCUAAAAACAGAAACUGUGAAGGCCAAAGAAGGAGGCACCUUGGCCAUUACAAGUAAUUAUAUUAUGGUAUUUGAUCCUGAUACUUCAGUAGCAGAUUUGGAAUUUGUGAUAGAGAAGAUCCCCAACCAUGGAAAUCUUACCAGUGAUGGGAACAUGUUAUUCCAGGGCUCACAUGUGGGCAGGCAGGACAUGGCAGAGAGGAAAUUCAGGUAUCACCAUGAUGGUAGUGAGACAACCUCAGAUAGCUUCAUCAUCAUGGUAACAGAUGGGACACACAGGGUUACUGCCCCUGUCAAUAUACAGAUAGACUCAGUAGAUGAUGAACCACCACACUUCUUAGACAAUCUCAAGAAUCCACUAGAAGUCCCAGAGAGUGGAGAGGGAAUGAUAACAUUACCUUAUCUGGCAGCUACAGAUACAGAUACAGAGGAUGAUUUGUUGAUCUUUUCAGUCGUCAGCCCUCCAUCCAAAGGUCUGCUCUUUGUGAAUGGUCAGCUAGCAACUCGCUUCAUCCAAAAAGAUGUCCGUCUGGGUAUGGUAACAUAUCGUCACAGAGGCUAUGAAAUUGGAAGUGAAGCUCAGUAUGAUUCCAUGACAUUUGUGCUGUCAGAUUCUGAUGUACCCACCCACCAGUCCCUGACUCUACAUGACUUAAAUAUAACCAUUGUUCCAUUGGACAACCGAAGGCCCCGUAUCAAGUCAGACAGACUGAUUGUGGUAGGUGAGGCAGACACAUUGCAGAUCACAACCAAAAUGUUGAAUGCAGAGGACAUUGACACUCCAGAUGGUGAGCUUCUAUUUAUUAUAAGAGAACAACCCAAGUUUGGUUUCUUUGAAAACAUCCAACCUGAUCCAGGAUCUGAAAAGUUAAACAGAGGAAUAAGAAUCUCACAGUUCAAGUUGAGUGAUGUUCAGAAUGGUCUUAUAAAUUAUGUCCAAUCCAGACAUGAAGGUGUUGAACCUCGUUCAGAUGCAGUAAGCCUUGUUGUCAGUGAUGGUAAGUUAAGAUCAACAGAGACAGAGAUAACUAUAAGAAUUAUGCCACAGAAUGAUGAGCUACCAGAAGUGACGUUAGCUGACUUUCUUGUAGAGGAAGGUGGGGAAAAAGUCAUUGACACAUCCAUGAUAAAUUUGGUGGAUAAAGACACACCAAGAGAAAUUCUCACUAUUUCAGUCUCUAAGAAACCAAAGCAUGGCCAUGUUGCCAUCAUGGCACAGUCAUACAGUCACGGAGAACUGGUAGAGCUGCCAAUGCCAGAGUUUACUGUGGAUGAUCUCAACUCAGACUUGGUUAUGAUGUAUAAACAUGAUGGAACAGAGAAUUUUGCUGACGAGUUUACAGUUCAGGUUUCAGAUGGCAAACAUACUGUCUACAAAACAGCCUCUGUAAAGAUUAAGCCCAUAAAUGAUGAAAAACCUGUUGUUCUAAGAAAUGCAGGCCUCCAUCUUGAAUUUGGUGAAACAUCUUUGAUAUCUGGAGCAUCCCUUAUGACAGCAGAUGGCGAUAACCAUGACAACGAGAUUAACUUUAUAAUAGCUGAAGUUCCAAGUAGAGGAUUGCUCCAACUGAAGUCAGAUGAGGGCAGGUGGAUAGAGAUUGGUCCUGGUAUGAGGUUCACCCAAGAUGAUGUGAACAUGAACAGAGUCAGAUAUGUGAACACUGGAGAAAUUGCCAACAAUAGGACUGACAAGUUCAUAUUUCAACUCAGUGAUGGUGUCCACUCAACGCCCAUGGAGACUUUCGAAAUAGAGGUGAAAAAUUCCAGAAAAGACAAUCUUGCACUCCUAAAUCGAGGCAUAAACUUAGAGGAAGGACAGCAAGUUAUUAUCACAACAGCUAAUCUGAGUGCCAGUGAUGAGAGUUUACGCCCAAAUGAAAUCCUUUUCACCAUCACUGAUCCUCCAACACAAGGUUAUCUUCAACUCAUCAGCCAGCCUGGACUCACUAUUGAUACAUUUACUCAGCUAGAUCUAGCCAGCCAGAAGGUUGCCUAUGUUCACACCACCAAAGAUGACAUGACUGAAGACCUAUUCAGCUUCACUGUCUCAAAUGGCAUUGCUAUACCAAAAGUUGCUAACUUUAUAAUACGGAUAACUCCAAGAGAUAGAGAAAUUCCUACUCUUAAAUUGAAUCAGCCUUUAAUAGUUCAGGAGGGAGUGCUAGAAAAUUUAUCAUCAUCAAAUCUUUUGGCCAUUGACCCUGAUACAUCCACUCAUAAUAUAUCUUACAUUCUUCUCAAGCUUCCUAGCCACGGAGAACUGUUACGUGGAAACCAACUUGUCAAGGAUAAAUUUACACAGUUUGAGUUGGACAGUUCACUAAUAUCCUACAAAAGUCAGAAUGCCAAGUCUGGAAUUGAUCACUUCCUUUUCUACCUCACUGACAACCAUCACGAGGGAUUUCUCAUAAAUGGCACAUACCAUGUGAAACCAGUGGUCUUCAGCAUCAUUGUCAGACCUUUGGUAAAAAUCCCUCCAAAACUGGUAACCAUGGGUCCGCCAGGUGAUCUUAUAUCACUGGGUAGAAAAAGGACAGGAUUUAGACUCACAACUCGGAGCCUACAAGCAACAAGUCCAUUAGAUCUCUCAGAAGACAUUCUGUUUGUGUUGACAAAGAUGCCGUUGUUUGGAGAGAUAGUGAAGCUGAAUUCCAGACAUACCAUUGUAAGAAAGAGGUUCAGUCAAGCUGAUCUAGAUGCUGGGAAUGUAGCGUAUGUUUUACAAGACAAAGUGAAGGUGACCAAUGACAGUUUUUCCUUUGUACUUCAGGAUUCACUUGGAAAUACAAGUCCUGAACACAGCUACAAACUGCGGUGGUCACUUAUUCAAUUCACAAGACCCGAGUAUAGAGUGUGUGAAGAUGUUGGGACACUUGCUCUCACUCUUUUAAGAAGCGGGUCUCUGGAGCAGUCAGCUUAUGUCAGUGUGAAGGUGAGGGAUAUCUCUACUAGAGAGGGACUGGACUAUGUUCCAAGCAGGGCAGAGCAGAUACAGUUUGAUCCAGGUGUCACAACAGCGAUUUGGCAGGUGCAGAUAAAAGAUGAUGGUUUGGAAGAAAGCAAUGAGAAGUUCAAGGUCAUACUGAAAUCUCCAGUAAAUACUGUCCUUGGAGAAAAUGACAAAACUACUGUUCACAUUGUCAAUGACAAAAAUGGUGGUUGUCCCCUGCAGUUUGGUCUGAUCAGCCGUGACCAACCCUACCAGGCCCCAGGCCAGCAGGUCCAGCCCUGGGCUAGGGUAAAGCAGGGCUCACAGACUUCCUAUGUGUACCAUGCUGUAGUGCCUGUGAACCCUCAGCCCACUUUACCAGCAGGUGUGCUCAAUGAGGAACAGGUGGCACCAGUCACAUAUCAGAGAAGACAUAAGGCUGGUGGAAGUAACAGGAGAAGAAAACACAAAAGACCAGAAAGUAACAGGAGGCAAGAGGUUGAGUCCACACAGGAGUGCAACCUUGUUACCAAAGGUUUGUUGCGAUAUGACAGUGCCUCAGACAAGCUCUUCCAGUGUAAUGGCAUACAGUGGAUCAGAUAUGGCUUACGACAGCUAUCCAAAGUUAGACGACACAAGGGAAAGAAAAGGGAUCACAUUUGCCCUAAAGGUUGGUCUAAAUACAGAGGUCAGUGUUUCAAGUAUUUUGAGCAAAGAGUCACAUGGAGUGAAGCACAGCGGUUCUGCAGGGAAGUUCACAAGGGCAACUUGGCCAGUAUUCUGAAUGGAGAACAACUUUCCUGGUUGAUGCUGCUAGGAAACAGACGUGCAUUCUGGAUAGGUCUGAAUGACAAGAGACAGGAAGGACUGUGGGAGUAUAUAGGAGGGGAGCCAUACACAUAUCGCCACUGGAAACAAGGAUUCCCUGUGGAUUCAAGUAAACGGGGACACUGUGCACUUGUCUCAAACAGAAGCAAGUGGAUCAAUAUGCAAUGUGAACAAGUGAGAGAACAAUUCAUAUGUGCCAAAAACCCAACUUUGCCAGAUAUAGAUAUCUCAUAAAAUGAACUUUUAGGUGUGAAUCCAUUUACUAGAGGUACUAAACCUAUUUUUGUAAAGUAUGUGUGAAUAUGAAUGACUCUGAAGUCAUAACAGCAUGCAACUAUGAUAUCAUUAUUUGUCUUACCAAGACAGAGAAGAGGGAAAUUGAUUAGCAUGAUUAAAAUGAGGCUUGAAGGUAGAAGAUUCAAAGUAGUAGGUGGCUUGUACGUGGAAGAUACAAUGCAGUAGGUGGUUUGUAGGUGGAAGAUACAAUGAAUCAGUACUUAAAGGAGCAAUUCAUGGGAUUUUUUAAAAAAAUUUAUCUUUUUAGAUAAUGUGUGAUCAUAUUUGAAAGGGAUGCACCAAUCUCUUUGAAUAAUCAAAUUACUAUCCCUCCUCAAAAAUGACAAUUUUCUGUUAAGUGAAAAUGUGUUGAACACUUCUUACAGUUCACACAGCUUAAGCCAUGUGGUCAUAAUGACACAUAUUUUUAGAUUAAUUGAUCUUGUUUUCAAAGUAUUAGGAACUCAGUAUUGUAAUUGCUAACAGAUUGUCAACUAUGCCAGGAAAAUUCUUUCUUCUUUUUGUACUAUUUUGUGCUAAAAUUCUAUGAGCAGCCACUCUGAAAUCACAAUUUAAUUAAAUCAAAGUUGUAAAGAACAAAUUCACUCUCUUCCAUUUAAUGUGCCAUAUUUAUUGGAACAAGAAAAGAACAUUUUUUUUCUAAAAAAAGGUUUAGUAACCUUUUAUAUAAGGCAUAUUUAUAUUAAAAAAUUACCACAGUAAAUACAUAUCAACUGACAGCAUUGUACACGUAGAUUAUUCUUAUGGCAGUGAAUUGGCUGACAAUUAAGAGGUCUUAGUUGUUUUGAUAUUGUAAACUUUAUAAUUUAAGCAUAAUACACAGUCUGGACAAACAAAACUGUAUGAUACAUACCUACUAAUAUCAGAUUCCUAUUAUAACUUCUUUUAACAUGAUCUAAGGUUAACUUUGUUCUGGAUAAUAAAAGCAGAUAACCAUUUCUGCUGUACUGAA